AUGAGCGAUGAUGCACUUUUCGACGUCUUUGAACAAGACGAACCCAGUGCUAUUGUUGAAGUAACAGAAACUACAUUAAGUAUUCAACAGACAACUACAACAAUCAUAAAUGACAAUAACACAAAUACAAAUUCGAAAGAUAAACGUAUCUUAGAAGAAGAUGAUGAUGAUGAUGAUAAUCAAACAGAUUUUAAUUCCAAACGUUCUCGAACUAAUCAAUCUAUGGAUACAGGAACUGGCAGUUUUUUUGAUAAUGUUUCACGAAUGAAACUUCAUACAGUUGAAACAAUUGAAUCAUGUUUACAUGAAGUUGUUCUACCACCAAAUUUUGAAUAUGUUCCAUUAAAACCUCUAGUUGGUCCACCAGCUAAAGAAUAUAAAUUUAAUCUUGAUCCAUUUCAACGUGAAGCUAUAUCAUGUUUACAAAAUAAUCAAUCUGUACUUGUUUCAGCUCAUACAUCAGCUGGUAAAACAGUUGUAGCUGAAUAUGCUGUUGCAAUGGCAUUACGUGAGAAACAACGUGUUAUAUAUACAACACCUAUAAAAGCAUUAAGUAAUCAGAAAUAUCGUGAAUUACAUGAAGAAUUUAAAGAUGUUGGUCUUAUGACUGGUGAUGUUACAAUUAAUCCAUCAGCAUCAUGUCUUAUUAUGACAACAGAAAUUCUUAGAUCAAUGCUUUAUCGUGGUUCAGAAAUAACUCGAGAAGUAGCUUGGGUUAUUUUUGAUGAAAUUCAUUAUCUUCGUGAUAAAGAACGAGGUGUUAUAUGGGAAGAAACAAUUAUUUUAUUACCUGAUAAUGUUCAUUAUGUAUUUUUGUCGGCAACUAUUCCAAAUGCAAAACAAUUUGCAGAAUGGAUUUCAUUUCUUCAUAAUCAACCUUGUCAUGUUGUUUAUACUGAUGUUCGACCAGUUCCUCUACAUCAUUAUAUAUAUCCAGCUGGUGCCGAUGGUCUUCAUUUAGUUGUUGAUGAAACAGGAAAAUUUCGUGAGGAUAAUUUUAGUGCAGCUAUGGCAACAUUACGUGAUGUUGGUGAUGCAGCAAAAGGUGAUAAACGUGGACGACGAGGUGGUUUUAAAGCUGAAACAAAUGUUUUUAAAAUUGUUAAAAUGAUAAUGGAACGAAAUUUAGCUCCAGUUAUUGUUUUUAGUUUUAGUAAAAAAGAUUGUGAAUCUUAUGCAUGUGCUAUAGCUAAACUUGAUUUUAAUUCUGAUGAUGAAAAACGACUUGUUGAAGAAGUUUUUACUAAUGCAAUUGAUUUAUUAUCUGAUGAAGAUAAAAAAUUACCACAAAUAAAUACUGUAUUACCAUUAUUAAAAAAAGGUGUCGGAAUACAUCAUUCAGGUUUAUUACCAAUAAUUAAAGAAACAAUUGAAAUACUUUUUGGUGAAGGUCUUAUUAAAGCAUUAUUUGCAACUGAAACAUUUAGUAUGGGUUUAAAUAUGCCAGCUCGUACAGUAUUAUUUACAGCUACAAGAAAAUUUGAUGGAAAAGAAUUACGAUGGAUAACGUCUGGUGAAUAUAUUCAAAUGAGUGGUCGAGCUGGUCGUCGUGGAAAAGAUGAUCGUGGUAUUGUUGUUUUAAUUAUUGAUGAAAGAAUGAGUCCAACAACAGCAAAAGAAAUUGUUAAAGGAAAAGCUGAUCCAUUGAAUAGUUCAUUUAAAUUAACAUACAAUAUGGUAUUAAAUUUAUUACGUGUUGAAGGUAUAAAUCCAGAAUUUAUGCUUGAAAGAUCAUUUUAUCAAUUUCAACAUUAUUCAACUAUACCAGCACUUAUUGAUAAGUUAAAAAAUUGUGAACAACAAUAUGAAUCAAUUAAAAUUGAAAAUGAAGAAGAAGUUGCUCGUUAUUAUAAAUUAAAAAAGAAACUUGAACUUGUACAAGAACAAAUGUCAACUAUGAUAAAUGAACCGAAAUAUUUAUUACCAUUUCUUCAACCAGGUCGACUUGUUACUGUCAAAUAUGGUGAUCUGAAUUUUGAUUGGUGUGUUGUACUUAAUUUUCAUAAAAAAGCCGGUGAAAAACCAACUUAUACAAUCGAUGUUUUAGCACAUUUAACAUCCGAUAGUGUUGUACAAAAAUCUACAUCUGAUUUACAACCAUGUCCUCUAUCAGAAAAAGGUGAAAUGAAAGCAAUACCAAUUCAACAUACAUUAAUUCGUGAUAUAAGUGCAAUACGUGUUUAUUUACCAGAUGAUUUACGAACAAAAGACGCUCGUCAAAGUGUAUUAAAAUCAGUUCAAGAAAUAAAACGACGUCAUCCACUUGGUUUACCAUUACUUGAUCCAAUUAAAGAUAUGGAUAUAAAAUCAAAUGAAAUGUUAUCAUGUGUUAAACAAUAUUCAACAUUACAAACACGAAUUAAUGAACAUCCAUUAACAAAAACAAAUGAAUUAAAAUAUCUUUAUGAACAAUAUGAACGUAAAGCUAAUCUUGAACGACAAGUUUUAGAAGCUAAAAAUGAUUUAAAAAAAGCACAAUCAUUAUUACAAAUUGGAGAUUUAAAAAAAUAUAAACGUGUUUUACGUCGUUUAGGUUAUUGUAAUUCAACUGAUAUUAUUGAUUUAAAAGGUCGUGUUGCAUGUGAAAUUGAUACGGGUGAUGAACUUGUUACAACUGAACUUUUAUUUAAUGGAGUUUUUAAUGAUUUAACUGUUAGUCAAGCAUGUGCUUUACUUAGUUGUUUUGUUUUUCAAGAAAAAGGAAAUGAAAUGCCAAAAUUACCACAAGAAUUAUCCGGACCAUUAAGACUUAUGCAGGAAACUGCUCGUCGAGUAGCUCGAGUAUCGAUUGAAAGUAAAAUUGAUAUGGAUGAAGAACGUUAUGUCGAUGGAUUUAAACCAUAUAUGAUGGAUGUUGUUAAAGCUUGGGUUGAUGGACAAAGUUUUGCUAGUAUAUGUCAAAUGACAUCAAUUUAUGAAGGAUCAAUUAUACGUUGUAUACGACGACUAGAAGAAUUACUUCGACAAAUGUGUUGUGCUGCUAAAGCUAUUGGUAAUAGUGAACUUGAAGUUAAAUUUACUGAAGGUACACAAAAAAUAAAACGUGAUAUCAUUUUUGCAGCAUCGUUAUAUUUAUAA